UUCUAUGCUUUUUGAGGCUUUUCGCGCUUGGCCACUGGUCAGAGCGACGGUCUGCCCACAUUAUCAACGGGAUCAGGCGGCCGUGUGUGGUGGAUGAUAAGAAUAGCAUAGAAUAAGGCAUAAGGCAUCGCUACAAAAUAGCGGCCCUGAUAGUGGUGUCGGGCUGAGGGCAGGACAUGUCCUUUUAUUUUAUUUUUUCAAUUCGCCUUGGCUCAACCGCGUGGGCUUAAAGAACGGCACACAUGCUGAUGCAUGUGGGUCGAUGGAAGCCGCGGGUAGCUGUUUCAGUUGUGUUAUCCUCGAAAUAUCGAGGCUGAGUAUACUGGUGAUUCGCCACUCAUCCUCUCUCGGGACAUUUUUUCUUAGCUUCGACCUCGGGCACGCUUGUAUCCGGGACACUAAAGGAGUGUCAUAUUUAACCUUCAAACGCAUCCGUUGCGCACAUCCGCAAGAGUAUUCUAAAAUUACAUAAUCAUCUUCAGAUUCUUGUAAUUUCUGCAAUUUUCAUCGCUGGCUUGUAAAUAUAUGUGCAGCCAUAUAUUAAUGUUCUGUUUUAAUGUGGUUAAGACAAUAUUUCAUACAUGAAAAUUUGAGUCUCGUUCUGAGGCAGUCCCCAGUAGUGGGUGAGCGCCAUUGCUUGGGCUGAAGAACAAGAAGAAGUGAAAUGGCGGCCACAGAAACACAGAGUUUGGAUGUGAACCAGUGGUUCAACACAAAAACAGGGACAAGCGUCCAAGCCUCCAUGGAGAAAUCGCCGCCCAUGGCUUACCUGACUGCACUUGAGUACCAGCCAACGGCGUCCACGACUGAGACGCGGCUUCCGUGGAAUCUGGUGCCAUCGUCCGAUGCAGCCGGAGCAUCAUUUCCCGCAUAUUAUCCUCCCGGAGAAACGCUCGGCUACGUCAUGGCGCCGGCACUCGCGCAGGCAUCUGGGCAGCAUCUUUUCAGCGACUUUUCAGGCCAGGGAUGUCCAAUUGGAUCUUCUCUGGCGACAUCGGCGGAUAUCAUCGGAGAUAGACAGGUUGGCCUGCUACCCAGUGGCCACCACAUCACGAUGGAAGGGAGCAGUGAAUCUCUGACGUCCAGUGCUGUAACCGCGGCGCACGAGCCCUACCGAUCGUCCAAGAGACGUGGCGGUCCGACAAGAGCGACAUUCCUCCAGGUGUGCGCCGCCUACGUUGUGCUGCUGUUUCUGGGCGUCGUCGUCCUUGUGCUGCUUAUUGCAGCGGGAGUGUGGCCUCGACGGCAGCAAGCUAUAACCACCACCACGCUCCGCAUCGAGACCUUGAGGAACAGAUACGAAUUUUUUGAUCCCUCGAUUACUGUUUCGCCGGCCAAUGACUAUAACAGAGCCUCGAGGGUGGAGACUAUCACCCGAACGCCUGUGGGCCGAGCCCUGUUCGAGCUAACUAACUCGACGGAACUUCUUUAUGACAACUGACACUUCUGUAUGAGUGAAAGCAAUAUUUGUUCGGAUACAAAAGUGUAUACACAACAUCUAUACUCUGUGUUUCUUUUUUUUUUGAGCACGCAACUGGUGGGGCACACGAGGGCGGGGGGGGGGGGGGGGGGAGGGCUCAUUCCAUCGUCGUCAUGCCAGCAUCGCCAUGCCAGCAUUGUCAUCCCAUUGUUGUAAAGGCAUCGUCUUCACGACUUUGUCGGUAUUUUAGUACCAUCCUAUUAUCCAUGCCGUCGUCGUCGUCAUCCCGUGGCCGCCAUACUGUCAUGGUCAUAUGACGGUCGUUCUGUCGUCAUGAUUCAGUUGUCGUCACCGGUGGAGUCCGGAUGUUCUAAAGCAACAAGCUCAUGUUGAGUUAGGCCUUGAAACCG